UCCUUUUGUAGGUAGGCUGUGAAUGGCCUCACACUCCAGUACAGUAGGUGACGGUGUAUGCAGCUAAAAGUUGGAUGCGAUCUGCCAACCAAAUCCUAAAGAAGAAGAAGUGACGUCAAUGUUAUGCGACCGGUGGAGAAAUGGCGAGCAGCAAAAAUAGUGUACUUCUCUCUUCUUUGGCGGAGUAUGGCGACGACUCUGAGCCAGAUUCCAACCCAGAAACCGAAGAAUCAGAGAGCCAUGGAGUAGGUCUGGUGUCAGCUGCCUAUGGAGAGGACGACAUUAACCGGAUUGAGGAUGGCGACGACAAGGCAUCCGGAGACGAGGACAGCGGGGAGAGCUCCCGUAACUCUGAAAUGGAUGAGUCAGACGAGGGUGGAGACACCGAUGAUUAUAAGGAGAUCCCAGAGGCAGAGAGGAGAGACCCCAAUGAGCUGGUCGCUCUGUUCUCAGAAAAAGUGAGGAACAUGUCACCUGACAAGAUCCGGAUCCCCCCUGAACCACCAGGACGCUGCUCCAGUCACCUACAGGUGAAGAUCCAGAAGCUGUACGAGAAGAAUCUACAUGGAGACUUAGACACAAACAACCACAUUCAGAGGAAGAAAGAGUUCAGGAAUCCCAGUAUCUAUGAGAAACUCAUCCAGUUCUGUGGCAUAGAUGAACUGGGAACCAACUACCCUAAAGACAUGUUUGAUCCUCACGGCUGGCCAGAGGACUCUUACUACGAGGCACUGGCCAAAGCUCAGAAAGUGGAGAUGGAUAAACUGGAGAAAGCCAAGAAGGACAAGACGAAGGUGAGGACCACAGGCGUUUUAGUUGCCUUGAAGAGGCCACCCGAGAUUGAGUUUGUGACGGCCACUAAGAAGGGCAGCAACCCCACCAACGCAGCAGUUCCCACAACCAAUACGGCUGCUAGUACCGUGACAGAAGCUCAGAAGAGGAAGAGUAAGUGGGACUCUGCGGUGCCCGUGACCCUGGCCCAGCCCGCCCUGCUCACUACCACGGCAACCCUGCCAGCGGUUGUCUCCGUGACGACCACCGCCAGCGGAACCAAGACCACUGUUAUCUCUGCCGUAGGCACCAUCCUGAAGAAAGCCAAGCAGUGAACAGGGAGGAAGUGUGUGUUUUUGGAUGGAUGAGAGGAUAGAAGAGAGGAUGGAUGGAUGAGAGGAUGGAUGGAUGAGAGGAUGAGAGGAUAGAAGAGAGGAUGAGAGGAUAGAAGAGAGGAUGAGAGGAUAGAAGAGAGGAUGAGAGGAUGGAUGGAUGGAUGAGAGGAUGGAUGGAUGGAUGAGAGGAUGGAUGGAUGGAUGAGAGGAUGGAUGGAUGAGAGGAUAUAAGAGAGGAUGGAUGGAUGAGAGGAUGGAUAGAAGAGAGGAUAGAAGAGAGGAUGGAUGGAUGAGAGGAUGGAUAGAAGAGAGGAUAGAAGAGAGGAUGGAUGGAUGGAUGGAUGAGAGGAUGGAUGGAUGAGAGGAUGGAUGGAUGAGAGGAUAUAAGAGAGGAUGGAUGGAUGAGAGGAUGGAUAGAAGAGAGGAUAGAAGAGAGGAUGGAUGGAUGGAUGGAUGAGAGGAUGGAUGGAUGAGAGGAUGGAUGGAUGAGAGGAUGGAUGGAUGAGAGGAUGGAUGGAUGAGAGGAUGGAUGGAUGAGAGGAUGGAUGGAUGAGAGGAUGGAUGGAUGAGAGGAUAGAAGAGAGGAUGGAUGGAUGAGAGGAUAGAAGAGAGGAUGGAUGGAUGAGAGGAUAGAAGAGGAUCGAUGGAUGAGAGGAUGGAUGAGAGGAUGGAUGGAUGAGAGGAUAGAAGAGGAUGGAUGGAUGAGAGGAUGGAUGGAUGGAUGGGUGGAUAGAAGAGAGGAUGGAUGAGAGGAUAGAAGAGGAUGGAUGGAUGGAUGAGAGGAUAGAAGAGGAUGGAUGGAUGGAUGAGAGGAUGGAUGGAUGGAUGAGGAUGGAUGAGAGGAUGGAUGGAUGGAUGGAUGGGUGGAUGAAAGGAUAGAAGAGAGGAUGGAUGGAUGGAUGAGAGGAUGGAUGGAUGAGAGGAUGGAUGGAAGAGAACGUGUGUUAGCGAGAGAAGUGUGUUGGGGUGUAUGGUCCUGUGUGACUGUAUUGUUUCAGAGAGAUUGUCUUCCCGACAAUAUCGAACAUUUCUAUAUUCAUCAUGCAAGACUUCUGCAUCUCCUUCUGUUUCUGGGAUGUUUGAUCUACAGGAUAUGGUCAAUGGACUCCAUCCUGACUUGAGAUUUAUUUAUAUCAGUGUGAGAUUCCUCUUUCAUCCAGCUCUCCAGUCAGCACUCUGUUGAAGUUCAGCAUUGAUCUGUUUUGUUUGUCAGCAAGAACCUGGGUUUAGAUGUUAGCUAAAGACUAUCCGUUGGGAGAACCAUACUACCUAGGAAGUAACCUAGUUAUGGCGUAAGUUACCAGUCUCAUGUCUGAAACUCGAAGAGUUAGUCUCUCACUUCCCAUCCUCCAGUAAAGUGGUUUCUACCCACCUGUUAUGGUAAUGUGUAUAUAUUUGUAUUAUUUUUCGACUCUAUCUGUGUAUCUGGGCUGUGUUUUGACCAUGUACUGGAAUGUGGUCUAGUGAAGAUGAAAGAGGAAUACUCAGACUAUGGAUAUUUGCAUCAAUGUUCCUCGCCUCAUUUAAAAAAAAAACUAGGCUAAAAAACAAGUUCAAAUGCAAGUUCAAAUCCCCGAGCUGACAAGGUACAGAUCUGUCGUUCUGCCCCUGAACAGGCAGGUAACCCACUGUUCCUAGGACAUCAUUGAAAAUAAGAAUGUGUUCUUAACUGACUUGCCUAGUAAAAUAAAUUGAUUUUAAAUGGCCUAUUGGAAGAGCUUAGGAGGAAUCCUUUUUUUUACAAAUGUACAUAUAUAUUGCUGCUGAUGAUGGUAUGAUCAAUAAAAUAAACGUCAUGCUGUCUUUUCAA